AUGGAACUACAGGCCACAUCAGACAAAGCUGCCAAGGAGGCAAUGAACAGAUCAGAACAAGCUGCCAAGGAGGCAAUCAACAGACAAGCCACUUUUGAGAACACACUCUCUCGGCAGCUUUCUACCUACUUGGACCAGCUCUCCCAACAACAGGAGGGCCUUAAUCAGUCCAAUGCCUCUAUCCAAGGCUUGGUCACCACCUUCAUUGACCAGACCAACAAGCAGCUUUCCUCUAUGGAUGGUGUGCCACAAAGUCUGUUGAGUGGAACUGAGGAGCCCAUUGGUUCAGAUAGCAUCCUUUCCCAAUUGGAGGCUCUCAAGGGGGAGGAAUACACCCAACAAACAAACACACCGUCCAAUGACAGCCACCAGUACAGUAUCCAGGCACCAUUCCCUCUGCGAUACACUCCUAUCCAGCCUGUCUCAUCAACUAGUGCUCCCAUGAUGUUCCAGUUCCCUCGGCGCCACCAUGCCUUUCGUGGCCCACAACAACCUUGCAGGCAACCGGACAUCCUGUUUCCAUCCAUGCUGCCCAAAGGCAACAGUACUCAUUACUCCGGACGGUGGCUACUCAACCCAGCCAACAGGCGCGUAUGGAUCCAGUACCCCACACCACUUGAUGCUGCAGAACUACCGGCCAACGUGCCAAAUGAUCCCGCACAUUGGAUCAACCGAAGGUUCCCAGAUGGAUGCUUCCUCCUACCAAAUGGAGAAUGGGUCUUACCUGGCCCCAAUGACAGGACCUACAACUACACUAUGCCUCAUGGCCAUGUGCACACCCCUGUCACCACAGGCUACACACCCACAACUGCCUACACUACACCAGGUCAGCUAACAACACUGCCUGGCGAGGAACCACCAGUGAGGAACCCCAUCUUCACACCCCAUCCUGUCAACAGCAAUGACAUGGCCUCGCCAAAGGAGAAACCUUCACUCUUCUCUGGCUUCCAUGGCCAUGGACUUGAAAAGCCCAAUCCCAGCAAGGCAGGCGACCCUGGUGAUCCAGGAGGAUCCGGAUACCAUGGCAGCAACCACAGUGACUUUGGAAUUGGGAAUGAGGGUAACACACCCAAUUGGAGACACAACUACCCAGGCCCACCUGACGAUCCUGGUGAUCCUGAUGGCAACGGUGGACCUCCAGAUCCUGGAAGGGAUGGAGGCGGAGGUGGAGAUGAUCCUGACCCCAAAGGCAGAUACUUCCAUGCAAAACCAGAUGCAGGUGCCUACCCCACACUCAACAACAACAAGACUUUUGACAGCUGGUAUGAGGCUGUCAUAACCACAGCCAGAGCCCAAGACAUGUUCAAAAUCUUUGACACAGAGUACACACCCAAGAACAAGGCUGCCUGUGACGAACUCAAGAGGAUGAAUGCAUGGUUCUUUGCGGUGCUACAGAAGAUUGUGAAGACUAGCAAUGGAAAGGUGAUUGUUAAGUCCCACUUUCAUGACUGCAACUGCUAUGACAUCAUAGUCAAGCUCAUUGCCGAUGCCCACGUCUCUGUUGCUGGUACACUGGAGUCUGUUGAUACCCUGAACUGGCUCACAAGCACCCGCUACGCCACUUCCAAGGGAUCCGCCGUCGAGUUCAUCAUCAAAUUCGAUGAAACUGUCACCAAAUACAACGACGCUCAAGCGAUGGCCAGGACAAGCUCAGCGACAGUAUGCAGAAGCUAUUCCUCCAGAAUGCAUUUACAUCUAUCAGAGUCCUGA